AGAGCCGAAGAUGUCAGCUCGGUCAUGUGAUCAGCUGUGUCCAAUCACACAUAGGAGAGGAGAGCCAGUAAUUGGCAUUCCUCAGAGGGGACAUGUACACUGAUCAUCAGAGCACUGAUGAUUAGUGUGCCAUGAUGAUCAGUGUAGCCCCAGCAGUGCCACCUGUCAGUGUCCAUCAAUGUCAGCUGUUAGUGCUCAUCAAUGCCACCUGCCAGUGCCACAUCAAUGCCACAUAUCAGUGCCUACCAGUGCACAUCAAUGCCACAUAUGUCCCCAUCUGAGCUGCCUUUCAGUGUCACCUAUCAGUGCCAGACAGUGCCGCCUAUCAGUGCCAUAAAUGAGUGCUGCCUUUCAGUGCCCAUCAGUGCUGCCUGUCAAUGCCCAUCAGUGAUGCCUGUCAAUGCCUCCUCAGCGAUGUCUGUCAAUGCCUCCUCAGCGAUG